AUGAAGAGAGAAAGUGUGCCCAAUUUCUGGCCCAAAGAUAUUGGGUACAAUGGCGGGAUGCAGCCUCCGCCUACCUUCCCGGGUGACCCACUGCCAGAUGAUGCGUCCGGGUUUGAGAUGGUUGGCCAACGGAACGAUACCAACCUUAUUGGGCUGCUGUAUACCGUCGAUCUGAUGGAUUUGAUAGGCUUCGACAAAAUCGAGAAGAGAGUCAAGUCAUUGACUGAGCGACUAAGGGGCGGCUUGGACGAGGUUACGCGCGAACUCCACAAUGUCUUCCUGGUCCUGACCAUCAAAUUUCGAGACGAUGUCGGAACCGGAGGAGCACGCAGGCAAGGAAAGAGUCAAGAAGUAGAGCCAGAAUUGAACGAAGUGUUGUACGACGCGUUGUAUGAACAUCACCACAUCGGGGUGUCGACAAAGAAAGGAAAUCAAAUGAGAUUCUCCCCGCAUAUCUACAACAUGGAGAAGCACAUCUACCGGGCAGUUGAAGCCGUUAGAUAUGAGCUGAAAAAAAUCCGACCGAGGUAA